AGCGCCGCUGGCUUUGCCCCUUCUGAGCCCUUUCGUAGAUUUUUCUGACUCUCAGACAGCGAUGGAUGAUGGCCAAAGACGAUAUUUUACACUAACGACCUGACGGGGGUGAUGGUUUGGCUACUGAAUGGCAUUUAAAUGUUUCUGAUUCCUUAUAAACCACGGUUUCAUUCGGUGCCUGUGUGAAUGAGAGGCUUACCAGCGAUUUCAAAUACUGUAUCUGAAGUACUUGAGUAUACACCCCUUUCUGUAGCAGUUAUUUAUGCUGCCGGGAUACUGGGUAAUCAUGCUGCGAGAUACACGGAAAUUGAUACUGAACCCACUCAAAAUGUGUAUUUAUUGCAGAAAAGCAAGAGUUCUACCUUUAAAAUGUUUUAAAGACUGUUUGAAUCUUCAAAGAAAUUACAGUUAUCCAGGAGGUGAAGUAAAAUCUUUGCGCUCAAUUAUCACUCCACCUGUGUCUAAAAUCCGUAACAUUGGUAUUAUGGCCCACAUAGAUGCAGGAAAAACAACUACCACAGAGAGGAUGCUGUAUUAUUCUGGGUACACAAGAACUCUUGGAGAUGUUGAUGAUGGGGAUACUGUAACAGAUUUCAUGGCACAGGAGCGAGAACGUGGCAUUACCAUUCAAUCUGCUGCUGUAACCUUUGAUUGGAACGGCUAUAGGAUCAACCUGAUAGAUACACCAGGUCAUGUGGACUUUACAGUGGAGGUGGAACGUUCCCUAAGAGUACUGGAUGGAGCAGUGGCUGUAUUUGAUGCCUCAGCUGGUGUAGAGGCACAGUCUCUGACGGUCUGGAGGCAAGCAGACAAGCACCAUAUACCACGAAUUUGCUUUUUAAACAAGAUGGACAAAAAUGGAGCAAGUUUCAGCCUUGCAGUUGAGAGUAUCAAGCAGAAGUUGAAGGCUAAGCCUUUGCUUUUACAGUUGCCAAUUGGAGAGGCAAAGACCUUUAGGGGAAUCGUUGACGUGGUGACCAAGGAGCAACUUGUUUGGAAAGCUGCAACUGGACUGGACGACGGAAAGACUUUUGAGCGGAAGUCCUUGAAAGAAACUCACGAUCCUGACUUGUUGCGGGAUGCCACCGAUGCAAGAAAUGCUUUGAUAGAACAACUUGCAGAUUUGGAUGAUGAAUUUGCUGAACUGGUCCUUGGGGAAUUCAGUGAGAGUUUUGAUUCAGUACCAGCAGAUGAGCUGCAUUCAGCCAUACAAAGAGUAACCCUCGCUCAGAAAGCAGUGCCUGUGUUCUGUGGAAGUGCGCUGAAAAAUAAAGGUGUUCAGCCAUUAUUGGAUGCAGUCACUAUGUAUUUGCCUGCACCAGAUGAAUGCAGCUAUGACUUUCUGCAGUGGUAUAAAGAUGACUUGUGUGCUUUGGUGUUUAAAGUUCUCCAUGACAAACAGCGUGGCCCAUUGGUUUUUUUGCGUAUUUACUCUGGCAAAAUGAAGCCUCAGUCAGCUGUAUAUAACAUUAACAAAAACUGCACAGAAAGAAUGAGUCGCUUGCUUCUGCCUUUUGCUGAUCAGCAAAUAGAAAUCUCCUCGCUCACAGCUGGCAACAUUGCCCUGGCCGUUGGAUUCAAACAGAGUGCCACUGGAGACACCAUUGUUUCAUCAAAGGCUUCUGCAGUGGCUGCGGCUCAACAAGCUGGAAGAGAUGUGGGGUCAAAGCGCGGCCGAACCAGUGAAGUGGAGAACCUUCUCUUGGCCGGCAUUGAGAUUCCAGAGCCAGUCUUCUUCUGUACGAUAGAGCCACCUUCCAUGGCCAGGCAGCCAGAUCUGGAUAAUGCUUUGGCUUGUCUGCAGCGUGAGGAUCCAAGUCUGAAAGUCAAGACAGAUGCUGACACUGGACAAACUAUCCUUUGUGGCAUGGGAGAGCUUCACAUUGAGAUCAUUCAUGACCGAAUCAAACGUGAAUAUGGACUUGAGACUUAUCUUGGACCUCUUCAGAUAGCUUACCGAGAAACGAUUGAAAACUCAGUUCAAGCUACAGAUACACUGGACAGAACUAUCGGAGAAAAGCGACACCAGGUGACUGUAGAACUGGGUGUGAGACCAUGCGCGGAAGAAAUGUUAGUAGUAGCACCAGUCAUUGAGUAUGCUGAAAAUACCUAUGACUCACUUCAGCCAGAUCUUCGUGAAGCUAUAGAAAAUGGAAUUUAUUCCUCUUGCCUUCAAGGACCACUUCUGGGGUUUCCGGUUCAAGACGUAGUAGUGAUGGUGCAUGCAGUGGCUGCAAACUCUGAUACAUCUCCAACGAUCGUUUCUGCUUGCAUUUCUAGAUGCAUGCAAAAGGCUUUGAAGAAAGCUGAUAAAAAAGUUCUGGAGCCUCUCAUGAACCUGGAAAUAACCGUGGGUGAAGAUCACCUUGGCGUGGCACUUGCAGACCUUGCACAGAGAAGAGGCAACAUUCAGGAAAUUCAGAGUCGCCACGAUAACAAAGUGGUGAUUGCAUCUGUUCCGCUAGCAGAAAUGAUGGGUUAUUCAACAGUUUUACGCACUUUGACAUCUGGCACAGCCACCUUCACAUUGGAAUUGGCAAACUAUCAAGCAAUGAGCAUUCAUGAGCAAACUGUUCUGCUUAAUAAGAGGAGUGGUUUGGCAUAACAUCAUCAAGGGAUGAACAAUUCGGACUGGCUUCCUUUGUGGGACUAAAAGCCAUUCAUAUGCGCUGAUUUACAACUGGCUACUAUCAUAUGAAUAACUAUAUAUCUUGUAAAAAACAAACCACUUGUCAGUUCUAGAUUUGUUUUGUAAUUGGAACAGAUUAUUCUGCUGAAGGAGUAAAACUGGAAACAUAACCAACUGCCUGCUCUGGGCUAAUAUAUUCUGUUGUAUAUGGCAGGUACCUGAAAAUAAGAACAUGCACUAGUAGUUUUCUAUUUACAGUGAACAUGUAGAAGGCUUUGAACAGGCAUUCUAGCAUUUUGCAUAGACUUCAUAAUGAAAUGUUAUGUACUUUCCUUCAAACAUCUAAAGGAAAACUUCUCCCUGACCAAAGGAAGGCUGUCAGGACAAUCCCUCAUAAAAUAAGUUGUAAUCUUCGACUUUGCCAUUAAUUCUGCACUCCAUUCAACCCUUACCCACAGACUACUGAAACAUUAUCUUUCUUUCAUUCCCCUCUCCCCCAGUCUUUGCUUAUGCACAUCCACCCUUAAACCUCAAAUACACCUACAUCUUUUUCUUUUACUUACAAUGUUCAUGGUUCUCCUCUGUUUGGUCCCUCAUUUCCUCUCUUCUACCUUCUUCCCUAUUGCACAUAGGUUACAGCAGGGGAAGGCAACCUAGUGCUCUCCAGCUAUUUUGGACGACAUCUCCCAGAAUCCCUGACAAUUGACUCUGGGCUUAGAGAAGUUGUAGUCCAAACCAUCUGGAGGUUGCCUACCUCUAUAUUAGGGUCUUACUGGCCAAAACAGGAAGGUGUUGAGUGGUUUGUAACUUGUCCUACUUGAACUACAAAAUAAAUGAUAUUUCUACUGAAA